GGACAGGUCGGUGACGCCCUGCCCGCGCCCCACAGGUCGGCCAUCACCAUCUUCCCCCAGCGGGUGCCGGGCCGGGGCGACUUCCGCAUCUGGAACACGCAGCUGAUCCGCUACGCCGGGUACCGGCAGCCCGACGGCUCCGUGCUGGGCGACCCGGCCAACGUGGACAUCACCGAGCUCUGCGUGCACUAUGGAUGGAGUCCGGGCAGCGGGCGCUUCGAUGUGCUGCCGCUGCUGCUGCAGGGACCCGACGAGGCCCCCGAGCUCUUCCCACUGCCAUCGGAGCUGGUCCUCGAGGUGCCCCUCACGCACCCCACGCUGGAGUGGUUUGGGGAGCUGGGGCUGCGCUGGUACGCACUGCCUGCUGUGUCCAACAUGCUGCUGGAGAUCGGGGGGUUGGAGUUCCCAGCUGCACCCUUCAAUGGUUGGUACAUGAGCAGCGAGAUCGGCACCAGGAACCUCUGUGACAGCCACCGCUACAACCUGCUGCAGGAGGUGGCCCUGCGCAUGGGGUUGGACACACGUAAGACUUCGUCCCUCUGGAAGGACAAGGCUGCUGUGGAGAUGAACAUUGCUGUGCUGCACAGCUACCAGGAGGCCAAAGUGACCAUCGUGGACCACCAUGCAGCCACCGAGUCCUUUGUGAAGCACAUGGAGAAUGAGCUGCGGACACGGGGAGGGUGCCCGGCUGACUGGGUCUGGAUCGUGCCCCCCAUCUCGGGCAGCCUCACCCCCGUCUUCCACCAGGAGAUGGUCAACUACCAGCUCUGCCCCACCUUCCGUUACCAGGUGUGCCCAGCCCUAUUCCGUCCCCAUCCCAUUCCCAACUCCAUCCCCAUCCCCAUUCCCAUCCUCAAUGGGGAUGGGAUGGGAUGGGAUGGGAUGGGAUGGGAUGGGAUGGGAUGGGAUGGGAUGGGUUGGUGUCAGGAAAGUGAUGGCUAUGGAGUGAUGACACGCUCCUCCCCACAGAGCUUCUCCAAGGCACUUAUGGAGAUGUCCUCCCCCAAUGCUGCACAUGCUGAGCCUCCCAAGAGCUACAAGCUGCGGUUCAACAGCGUCUCGCAGUCAGAUCAGCUGGUGGCAGCCUGGAAGAGGAAGAGGAGGCAGCUGAGCAACACGGACAGCGCAGGGACACUGGGGGCUCUGCGGUUCUCUGUCUUUGGGCUGGGGUCGCGGGCGUACCCCCACUUCUGCGCCUUCGCUCACGCGGUGGACACGCGGCUGGAGGAGCUGGGGGGGGAGCGCAUCCUGCCCAUGGGGGAGGGCGACGAGCUGUGCGCACAGGAGGAGUCCUUCCGCACCUGGGCCAGGCUGGUCUUCCAGGCUGCCUGUGAGACCUUCUGCGUGGGGGAUGGAGUGGAGGCAUCCGAGGAGAUCUUCGUGGCACAGCAGGGUUGGAAGCGCCAGAAGCAUCGCCUGGCCGUGCAGCCUGAGGGCACUGAUCUGCUCACCGGGCUGGCCCAUGUGCACAAGCGCAAAGUGUUCCCGUGCACAGUGAUCUCGGUGGAGAACCUGCAGAGUGAGGCGUCCAGCCGUGCCACCAUGCUGGUGCGCCUGGACACGGCAGGGCAACCGGAGCUGCAGUACCUGCCCGGGGACCACCUGGGAGUCUUCCCUUCCAACCGCCCUGAGCUGGUGCAGGAGCUGCUGGAGUGCGUGGAGGACCCACCGCCCGCCGACGAGCCGGUGCUGGUGGAGGUCCUGGAGAAGGACAGCAGCGGCCGGUUCCCCGGCCCCAAAAGCUGGGUGCCUCAGAGCCGCCUGCCCUCCUGCUCGCUGCGCCAGGCGCUCAGCUCCUUCCUGGACAUCACGGCCCCCCCAAGCCCCCAGUUCCUGCAGCUGCUGGCCACGCUGGCACGGGAGCCGGCCGACCGCGAGCGUCUGCAGCAGCUCAGCCAGGACGCCCGUCUGUACGAGGACUGGAAGUGGUUCCGCUGCCCCACCCUGCUGGAGGUGCUGCAGGAGUUCCCGUCCGUGGGGCUGCCCGCCUCCCUGCUGCUGUCCCAGCUGCCGCUGCUGCAGCCCCGCUAUUACUCCGUCAGCUCCGCACCCGACCCCAGCAACGCACGCAUCGACCUCACCGUGGCCGUGGUCACCUACCAGAGCGAGAACGGGCAGGGCCCGGUGCACUACGGCGUCUGCUCCACCUGGCUGGCUCGGCUGCAGCCCGGGGACACGGUGCCUGCCUUCAUCCGGGGAGCGCCCUCCUUCCGGCCGCCCCCCACCCCCGAGGCGCCGUGCAUCCUUGUGGGGCCGGGCACCGGCGUGGCCCCAUUCCGCAGCUUCUGGCAGCAGCGCCUGCAGCACCUGCAGGCAGGAGGCAGCCCGCUGGGCAGCAUGGUGUUGGUGUUUGGGUGCCGAUCCUCGGAGCUGGAUCACAUCUACCAGCGUGAGAUGGAGGAGGCGCGGGAGCAGGGAGCGCUCAGCCGCGUCCUCACUGCAUUCUCCCGUGAGCCAGGAACCCCAAAGGACAAGAACCGGUACCACGAGGACAUCUUUGGGCUGACGUUCCGCACGCAGGAGGUGGCGUUCCGCAUCCGCAGCCAAUCCUUCUCCAUGCAGGAGCGCCCAGCACCGGGCCCAGCCCCCUGACCCCCACCACCUUGCGCUGUGGGCUGCGCCCGCCCUAAAGGUUUAGUUUUGAUAAGCCCG